AUCAAGGGUUAGGUCUUUUGUGUACAAGGAUAUAAUAUAUUCUGACAACUUCUUUUUGGUAUCUGUUUUCGUCCUGAGAAAUCCCAUGCCCUUUCGACUGAGCAGAGAGCAGCUAUUAUUAUUUUAUUAAUUACAUCGGCUGGUGCUCAACCCCAUUUCUCCUAAUUCAAAAUAUAAUUUCUUACUUACCAGGAAACUUAACCUAUUGAAAUUACAAGGUACCCUGAUCAAGCUACUCCUAGCGACAAUUUUAUUUAUGUGACGUUGAUUGGAUUCGGCUAAUCUAACCAGUUCACAAUUAAAUGGAAUCCACCCACAUUUACGUUAGACAGAUUGAGCCAUUUAUUGCGUAUGCCAUGGGACAAGCAUCCAAUCCUGGACCUCUGACACGACAUCCUCACAGUGUUACAAAGCUACGUAAAUAAAGUGCUGCAGGGUGAAAGGCUAAAACACGACCACCGUUCAUACAAACUGUAACAUAUUACAAUACUUGUAAGAGUGAGCCCUGACUUAUCUAUGAUUGGACAUAAAAUCACAAAUUGGCCAUCACUGCUGUCACCUAUUUGGCUCAUAAAUUUAAAUCCAGAAAUUUUUAGGUUGCAUGCUGGUAAGUAAAAUUAUACUACUUCCAUGCUUAUGUACCGGUAUACUAAAGGCACAAUUUUUUUUUUCACCUGCUCCUAACCUUCCCCAAUAUUAAUCCCAUAUAGUACCAAAUUGUCAGCCUUUUAUUGUAUUGUAUACAGUAUGAACUUGCAUGUUGGAAACUACAGCAAAAUAAAAAUGUCAUUGCAAGUUUCAGUGUUCAGUAUGUUUUAUUCAUGUAGUGAUUGCUGACCAAUGAAUUGAAGCAUGUAGCAGGAUGACAAAUUAGAAGAUAAUUAUUUGGUUUAAUUUGUCAUUGUGUAAUUGUCCAGCAUGAAUUGACCAAUAUCCUUUUACAACCAAGUACCAACUUAAAAUAGAUCCACUGGAAGUGAUGGCAAUUCAAUAAACUACACUGCUAUAGUUAAUAUGCAUUCAACUAAACUAAAAAUGUGUAACUAAUUUUGUUUUUAUUUCCAUGGGCAUAACAAGCAGUAUUUACUUUCUUUCCAUUUUAACUUAUUCUAAAUUAAUCCUGUAAAAGAGAGAAAAAAAAAAUACCACUGCACACUUUUAAAUUUUGUAUACUGUAUCCAGCACCUAAACUGUGAAACUCAUAUCUGAAUACAAUCUGAAAACAAAAUAACAUGACAACAGAAUGAAAUGACAUGGACAACAGAAUACACACACAAUCACACACUACAUUUAAGUAGGCUGUUCUGCUGCAUGUGGUCCCUUACUUGAGCGACAACAUGCUGGUGUUUUGUUAUAUAACACAAAUAAAUUAUAGAAUAGGUGCCUCGCAGUUACCUCUAUAUCUUAGGUAUUUGCAGACUUCUUUUGUUUUUUAAAAUUUAACAUUCAACAUUCGGUUUAUAUUUUUAGCAACUUUUACAACACACAGUAUAUUUACACACACUGCAAAUAUCAUAACAGUGUACCUGUGGUGUGUUCACCAGCAAGGAGAUAGAUAGAUAGAUACAGCUGAACUAAGUGUAGUGAAAGUAACUGCAGUAAGUUUGUUGGCCACUGCACUGCGAUGGCUGACAAGGAAGAUGCCGAGCCAUCGUACUCUGAGUCUGAUGAUGAAGUUUCAGUGGAAGAGGAGCCUCCGACAGAUGUGACCGUCUCCAUCGGGGAGGAAUUGUACCGCUUCACGAAGGUGGACAGCUCACUGCAGUUCUCAGCCUUGCCAGAGACACUGCAGUUCUUCUACCACUACAUCACAGAUGCGUGUUGGUGCGGCAGCUUGAUCAUUUUCUUCCAGACGUCCGCCGAGUCUCCGGACAUACUGCUCUUCCUCCUAAAGCUGUUCACGCCUCAAAGCCUUUCAGAGCUCGAAACGUCGUCCGAGGAAAACGGCGUCUCACAGGUCGACUUCGGCGCUCUCGUUUUCUACGCGGCCAGGUUUUUCAGCGUGCGUGGGAAUCGUUACGAAUCUCAGAAGUUUUUCCCUCGCUUGCCCCAGUACACGCUGUUCACCAUAAUGGAGUCGAGCCUCGCGUGGAGCAGUGAAAACGAGCUCAUGAACGCGCUGUGGAAACGCGUCGUGAUCCCCAUGUACGCGGAAAGCCCCAGCACGGCGACGCACCUGACGAAUCCGGGCGAGCAAGAGGAUGCCCGACUCGUGAGACAGUACCUCGUGAGUGAGAACAUCCCUGUCUGGAACGCACGUUUCACCAAAUCCUUGAUGCGGCAAGGAGCUACGUUUGAUAUCAAGCUGGCUUCUGUCGUAGAAGAAGAAGACGCAGGGUAUGUGUUGGGGCCUGAAAUGUGUUUCUUCAAAGUUACCAAAGGUGAUUAUUCUUUCAUCUUGAAAGAAGUGAUAAGGAGCCUCACUACAGCAAAGUUAUACACCGCAGAUGAUUUGGAGAAAGAUAUAAUCGACCGCUACAUAGCAUCCUUCAUGACUGGCGUGGCGGCUGACCAUCGGGAAGGAUCGAGCCUGUGGAUGAACACGGACAGCCAGUACGCAGAAUGGUAUUUAGGAUUUAUCGAACUACUCCGGAAUCCAGUUAAAGGUUUUGCUGAAUUUCAAGGCUUUGUUGGAUUGUUGAACUCUGACGUGUUUCAAUUUUAUAAAAACUUUUUGACAUCUGCAGGCACACUGAUUCAUCUCCUUCCAUGGGGUAAAGAAUAUGAGAUGGAAAAUUUUGUAACUCCAAAACUUAUCACAGCUGACCUUGUCAUGUUUUGUGGUCAUACAGUUCCUGCUUUAAAGAAUGUUCCAGUGUACGAGGAAAUCCGUUCUGCAGAGGGAUUUAAGAAUGUAGUGUUUUGUAAUUUGAUCUUCAAUGAUAACAUCAACAUUGAAGAAGCAUUUCUGCAACAAAAUGAUGUUGAUAUUUUAUGGAAGUAUGCAAACACUGCACACAAAAUUCAUCUCGGCUUGAAACUUGUGAUGGGUCUGGGCUGUGGCAAACUGUUCCGUAGGGAAGGGAAUAAUUUUAAUUUUCCAGUCAGAAGGAUGAGACAUCCCAUUUUGAAGGACAAAAUACGCACGUGGUAUGAAGGAAAUGAAACAUUCUUUAACAAGUUUGGUGAGCUAAGUGAGACAUUAGAGGAAUGUAGGGCACUUUGCAUAGCUCUGUAUCUAUCUUCUUACACAGAAGUCAUGAGUCUCUUUGACGUGCCUGAAGAAGAAUUUGAGGAUAUUAUUUACGCCAUUUGGCUCUGGCAAGUCUACUCGUCCGUCGCUACGUCACUGCACGGAUACGAUGCUCCCAACAAGCAAUGGUUCGACCCGAAGGCUCAGGCCAAUUUCGUGAUCCUCCGAGUGUUACUGGAAGCAGAAGAACGAGUGGUACACAUCAGCGAGCCAGAGUACGGUAAGAGAAUCACCAUCCACGUCGACAGGACGAAAAUCCUUACAGCCGGCAGAAGAGCAGUAGGUGAUUUUGUGAGGAAGCUGCACAUCUUCAAGUGCACUGCGGACGUGACUUCGGCCAGAAAGCUGUACGAUCGCUACUCCGUGGUCCCGGAGGAGGGGCGGUAUCCCUUGGGCCGGUGGGACGUGCUGACAGCGGAAACACACAGCGCGCCCGUCAGGAUGUUUUUGCACAGCAACACGUUGCACGUCGAGCACGGAGAACCGCAGCCGACCGAGGACCCGGCUCCCGCUAAGCAUAGCCCCCAGGACAACCAGUGGGUCACGGGAAAGGUGGCGAGAGGCCCGGCAGGCAAUGCAGGAGACUCGCUGCAAGCCUCCAGAAGGAAGAAAGGCCCCAGUGCAGAGGAAACAGCAGCUGACAGGUCUGUCGCUGGUACCGAGAGUCCGAGCCCCGUACCACAGGACACACACGGCUUGCCAGACCCACCUGUGGGUCAACACAAUGAAUUAAAAGAAGUGGAAGAAAAGGAAAAUGAUUCUGUAGUAAAUGAAAACCAUACAGAGGAAAAGAAGUCAGACCCACUUCUGGGUCAACAAAAUGAAUUCAAAGAAGUGGAAGAAAAGGAAAAUGAUUCUGUAGUAAAUGAAAACCAUACAGAGGAAAAGAAGUCAGACCCACUUCUGGGUCAACAAAAUGAAUUCAAAGAAGUGGAAGAAAAGGAAAAUGAUUCUGUAGUAAAUGAAAACCAUACAGAGGAAAAGAAGCCAGAAGACCAGAAUAAUUUAACUAGCGAACAAAAUGAAGCGAAUGAAAGAAACGAUGAAGCAGAAAUUGAAGAGGAAGACGGAGACAUGAUUGAGAAUGGACCGAUGCUAGAUGGAGGAACUGUGGACGCAGGCCCGAGCGACGAAAAACAGGCGCCUCCCCCCACGCCGGUGCUGUCAAACAAUGAAAUGUUCUUCCAGAAGAAGACGAGGUGA